AUGGUGGAAGACAGUAGAUGUGCCAUCUGCUUGGACUUCAUGAGAGAGUCUGCCACUACUGAGUGUGGGCACAACUUCUGCCAAUCCUGCCUCCAAAAGGCCUGGGAGGAUUCUCAGGACAUAUUCCAUUGCCCUUUAUGUUGGCAUCCAUUUAGAGAGAGGCACUGGACUGUCAACAGCAAGCUGGCAAGAAUGAUUGAUGUCAUCCAACUUCUCCAUAGCAGCAAGACCGAGAUGAGGCAGAAGGAGCCACAGCUGUGUGAAAGACACAACCAAGAGCUGAGCCUCUUCUGUGUAGAGGACAAGGAGGUACUGUGUCUUGCCUGUGUUGAGCUCCCUGAUCACCAAGAUCACCAUGUGAAGUCCACGGAGGAGGCAACCUCCCACUACAGACAAAUGAUCAAUGAUUUUAUCGGCUUCCUUAUGAAGCACAUAGAGGGGAUUCAGAAGUGUGAAACUAGGCAAAAUAAAAAACUCCAGGAACUGAGGAUGCAGGUGAGAAAACACAGAUGGAAGCUGGCCACUGAAUUUUGGCGCAAAAUAGAAUUUGUGGACAGGGCAGAAGAGGCAGCUCUCUCCAGGCAAGCUGAAGAAGAGAGAAGCAUUCAGCAGAGUCUCAGCACAAACAUCAUUGCCUUUCAGAAUCACAUCUGCACCAUGGAUGCUCUGCUCAAAGAGGUGGCAGAGAAGAGUGUGAUGCCACAGCUGAAAAUGCUGAGUGAGGCUGGGAUGAUCCAUCAAAGAUAUACGAGGCUGGAUCCUCCAGCUCUAUACUCCUUUCAGCUAAGGAAAGAGAAGUUCAGUCUCCCUCCACUGGAUUCAACUCUGGGAAAGAUUGUACAGAAAUUCAGAACAGAGUUGACUCUGGAUCCACAUACUGCACACUCUCAUAUGUAUAUUUCCAAGGACAAGCAUUCUGUGAGAGUUAGGAAGAAAAUGGGUGCAGUUUUCCAGAGACAACCGAGAUUUCUAUUUAAUCUAGUAGUCCUGAGUACCAAAGAUUUCCAUUGUGGCCGCCAUUACUGGGAGGUGCCCGUGAAUGACAAGCCUCGCUGGGCCAUAGGGCUGUGUAGCCACUUUCCUUCCAGCAGGGGGCAGCAAAAGCAGCCACUGUCAGUUCUGAACAGACGCUGGACCAUUCAACUACAGCAUGGAGACUAUGUGGCACAGGGUGCUUGUCCUGUUCCUCUUGCCUUGAAGGAGCAGCUCAGAGGAAUUGGAAUUUACCUGGACUAUGAAGUGGGUUAG